AUGGAGAGAACUGGUGCCAUCACCCCUCUGCAGAACCCCGAGAAUGCUGUUGCACUGCUGAUGGCUACAUCUAUUACGAUCAGCGUCUGGCAACAGGUGACACAUGGGAUGCUGUUCCAGAGGUACACAAAGGUGGUACAACAGGUGCUGGCCCUGUGCCUGCUGUUGGUCAUGUGGCAAUGUUUUCGAGCCCUCACAGAUGUCAAUGGUCCCAUCUGUUGGGUUCCCUUCCUCCUCCACACCCCUACUGCCCACUGCAUCGCCUGUACCAACAGCCCUGCAUGGUUCAAUGCCUGCUACAAGGCAGUCAUAGGGCCUUUGCUGAUGGAUGCAGACCACAAGCUCUCCUCAGAUGUUUUUCAGUGGUGGCUGCUAAGUGAAACCCUGCAGGGUUCCCCAAGUGGAGUCUAGCUCCAGGCCAUAAUUCAGCAGCUCUUCAAUGUCCUCCGGGCCCUGACAGCUGAUGUGUGGGACCCAUCUCACUGCAGGACUUGUGCAGUGGUGGGGAACUCAGGGUGGCUGAAAGGGUCCCGCCAUGGGCUUCUAAUUGAUGCUCAUGACUGCAUGCUGAGGACAAACAGAGCAGAGAUGCCUGGCUUUGAGCUGGAUGUUGGCAUGAGUACAACCCAUCACUUCAUAGCGGACACCUUCAAACUUCUGGACUUACAGUGGGUGACUAGUGCUUUCUCCACCAGAGAACUCACAAGGACAUAUGUGAGAGUUAAACAGUUCAUCAAAGCUGACAGGAACAAGGUAAUUGUCCUGAGCCCAGCUUUCCUCAAGUACAUCCAUGACAAUUGGACACAGGAUCAUGGGCGAUACCCUUCCACUGACUUCACAGCCCUGCUCUUUGCCUUGCACACCUGCCUGUGGUACAACCAGUCAGUCUCCAUGUUUGGCUUCAGAGCAGACAGUGAAGGGAACUGGCACCACUCCUGGGAAAAAAACUUGUGGUCCAGAGCCUUUCACAGGACUAGAGUCCAUGAUGCUGAUGUUGAAUUCAGCUGCAUCAAGAGAUGGGCACAUGAAGGCAGGAUUUUAUUCUACAAGUGA